AUGAUCGGCUACGGAUCCCAGAAGACGUCCGUUCUCUCUAACCUGACACCUCACAGUAUCCAGGAGAUCCAAGAUUACUCGGUUGUCUUUGAAGACUGGAGGAACGGAAGCGAUUUCAUGACAACCAUUAUCACUCCGGCUCCAACGCCCAUCACUGAAUCUACCAAAAGUAAACCGUUGAUUUCAAAAGGAUAAAUUCCAAUGUGAUUGUUUUUCAGUGCCAGCUGACUUCUGGAACAACAAUCUUUACACGGUUAACAAGGACACAAUCUCAGGGUAA